AGACCGUUUCCAUAGCUGUUUCACGCAUUGUCCACUGUUGUUGGAGUAACGUGUACGAGUAACUGCUUAACAAGAAACAUUGCUGGAGAUGACUUGGCUGGGGGUUACAGUUCUGUCGGUGUUCUUGGUGGAAUGGUCCAGUGCUAGAAGUUCUGACGUACAGAUGGGGUACUGGAGCAGAAACAAACAGAUCAACCACCUGUAUCAUGACGCGUACAAGUUUCACAAGCUAGACCGUCGGCUCAAGUGUGGCGAACAGUGUCUCAAUACAAGGUACUGUACGGGGUUCGCCUAUGCCAGAGAUGUACAUUCCUGUUACGUGUUUGUACACCGGGAAUACGACGCCAUGGUCAACGGUAACAACUUUACUGGACUUCGACAUUAUCGGAAACGUAUAGUGAACUGCCCCUCGGACUACACGCUGUCGGAGGACCAGGAGGUGUGUCUGAAGGUGUACACCACCUCCACGUCCCACGACCAGGCCAACUACCAGUGCUGGAGGGACGGCGGACACCUCUACCUCAUGGACACCGACUACAAGAAGGACACGCUCCAGAAGCACUUUACAAAUUCAAUCUACGGUGAUUACUUUCUGGGAGCAACACAGAAGGUAAUAAAUGGCACGUCCAAGUUCCAGUGGGACAAUGGAAGGAAGUUAUUGUGGAGCCAAAGCGAGACGUUCACCGCCAAUGAGGGAUGCAUCGUCACCCGGCCAGCCUCCUUCCUGCUGAGGGCGUCCACAUGCGACGUUCUAGCCAUGUUUGUGUGUGAAAUCUCCUGA